CAAGGAGAAAGAGAGAGAGCGCGAGAGCGAGAGGGAGGGUGGGAGAGAAAGAGAGACCGAGAGACAGAGAGCUCUGAAGCGUCUGAGAGGAACUUUUGGUAAAGUACUAUUACCUGAACGGAAAUGAGCCAGUCCGAACGAGUCUGACAAGUGACUUUUUAAGAAAAAAAGAUGCUGUACAUCGCCGAUUCGGCCCAACCAUUUCCCUGCGCCGGGCGUUACGAACCGGGCUCGUUCUUCGAGAUCGAUCACGAAAAGCUUCCACCGAAAUCUCCGAUCCAGCUAAAGGCAAUCCGAGUAGUGAUGGUGAGCGAGACGACGUUGUUGGGCGUUACGGUGAGUUUUCCGAGCACGUUGUCUUUGCGAAGCUACUUCGUCGCAGCGCAGAAUGGAAUCUGCUUCCCGGAGCUCGAUGAGAAGUUCGUCAUGAGUUCGAACCAAGCCAGGCGGAUUCUUUGCCGGCGAAUACCCCCUUCGCAGCUGGAGGCGGGAAAGCGUCUGAAGAGCUUCUGGCUUUUGACUCCAUCUCAAGGUGGCGAGCUGCCACUCGUUGGACCUGAGGAAGAGCAGGAAGUCACGAAGCCGAUUAAAUCAAUGGGAUCUUGCCACCUAGCCCUCCAGUGUGCAGGGGAAGUUGGAUGGGGGAUAAGGAGAAAGAUUAAGUACAUUGGGCGGCAUUGCGAUCAGUCAGCGCAGAAGACGGAGGCUGUAAUGGAGGAGCAACAAAGCGUAAAUGGGAGGAAGAGGAAUCAGGAAGAAGGUAAGAAGAAGAAUAAGAAAAAGAAAAAGAAGGUUGCUGCAAGGGAAACCAAGAGGUUAAAGCUCGAGCAGGAGGAUCAGGAAGUAAGAUUUCCACGCGGGACAAAGGACCGUUGGUCUAUGGAGAGGUAUGAGGCGGCGGAGAAGCGGUUGCUUGAGAUCAUGAGGUUGAAGAAAGCAGAGCUGGGUAGGCCUAUACUUAGGCAAGCACUGAGGGAGGAGGCAAGGAAGCACAUCGGCGACACUGGUUUGCUGGAUCAUUUACUCAAACACAUGGCCGGCAAGAUCGUUUCUGACGGGACUGAGCGGUUUAGGCGCCGUCAUAAUUCCGAGGGUGCAAUGGAGUACUGGCUCGAGCCAGCGGACCUAGUGGAGGUCCGCCGGAAGGCUGGCGUCACCGACCCCUUCUGGGUCCCACCGCCGGGGUGGAAGCUCGGGGACUCCAUCUUCCCUAACUCCUGUGGCCUCGACUGCAAACUUGCCAUAGCUGACUGCAAACAACAACUCGCCGCGCAGUUCAAAAGGUACGACGAGCAGCAGAUUUCGCUGAAGAAGCUGGAAAAGCACACACAAAACAUAAAAGUGGAAUGGGAGAAUGCCAUCGGCGCAUGGCAGGAGAAAUACCAGAUUUUGCUGGAGUGGAAAAGGAAGCAAGAGGAAGAAUUGGCUGCCUUGGUCGAUUGCAUGCAAGAGCUUAAGGAUGACGUGCAGCUGUUGAAGCAGGCAAAAAAGCAGGUAGACGACGGAGACGUGCAGCUAAACGGAAACACCAAAACCAGCGACGUCAAUAUCGAAAAUGAGAUCAGCAACGGCAAUGCGGCUGGAGGCAAAAAACAGAAGAGGACAAGCGGUUUCAAGAUCUGCAAGCCACAGGGGACGUUCCUGUGGCCGAGCAUGGCGGGCAGCAGCGCCGCAUCGGCUGAAGAAAAACAGCAUAUGCUGGUGUUCCCCGGCGGUGGGCCCCCCUCAGCCUCUAGCUCAACCGCAUCAACGCCGAAGCUGCAGCUCUUGCCAGCGCCUGGCCUGCAGCCACCUCCCUCAGAUCAGCCCGCUUCAGAGGAAGUGGCGGUCCCCAUACAUCUGCAGCCAGAGAGAGGUUCUGCUUCGGAGAACCUUAUCUGCACCAUGAUCAUCCCACGCUGCCUGGGAAGGAGGGACGGGAAUCAGGAAGACGCUUUGGCGGCGGCAGGCUCUCCAUGGGUUAAAGAAGCUUUCGGGUGGGGCGGAAUCGCCACAGAUCUUGUCCUAACCACCCCCUCUCCUUACCGUUAGACAUGUUGAUUAUUGAUUCCAUUCUCCAAUACAAAACACUAGGGCCGAUUUGCUUCCUAUGGCAUUUCAUAAUAAAGUAAGAUUUUGAUUUUCCUAAUUACAGUUUUCAACCUUUGUUAGUAGGUUGAAAUGAAAGAACAUUGACUUGGUGCUUGUAAUAUAGUUUUAAAAUACUAUUAGUCUUUAUAUGCAGAAUGGUGCAAAAAGAUUCAGAAAUUUUCGCUAUAACACACAAACAUUUGAAUGGCUCUAA